GACUUUUCCCAAUACCCCAAUCGAUCGCCUUGCCCCACGCAGCCCUCGGCGUGCUCCCCACCGAGCCCCUCCACUCACCCCGCGCCUCCCUCCCUCGUUGCCCCGCACAGCGGCAGGAUCAGGGAGCGCCUGGACCCCCAGAGCAGCUCCGGGGUGACGCCCAGAAGGCUUGAUGAAGUAGCCCACUGCGGAAGGAUCUGCACGUUACCUUAAAUAAAAAUGGCUUUCCAUGUAGAAGGACUGGUAGCUAUCAUCCUGUUCUACCUCCUUAUAUUUCUGGUUGGAAUAUGGGCAGCAUGGAAAACCAAAAACAGCGGCAAUGCAGGAGAGCGCAGCGAAGCCAUCAUAGUUGGGGGUCGAGACAUUGGUUUGUUGGUUGGUGGUUUUACCAUGACAGCCACCUGGGUUGGAGGAGGUUACAUCAAUGGGACAGCUGAAGCAGUUUAUGGACCAGGCUGUGGUCUAGCAUGGGCUCAGGCACCCAUUGGAUAUUCUCUGAGUCUGAUUUUAGGUGGUCUCUUCUUUGCAAAACCUAUGCGUUCCAAGGGGUAUGUGACCAUGUUAGACCCAUUUCAACAGAUUUACGGAAAGCGCAUGGGUGGCCUGCUAUUCAUCCCUGCACUGAUGGGAGAGAUGUUCUGGGCUGCAGCAAUUUUCUCUGCGUUAGGAGCCACCAUCAGCGUGAUCAUAGAUGUGGAUGUGAACGCAUCGGUCAUUGUCUCUGCACUCAUUGCCAUUCUUUACACCCUAGUGGGCGGGCUCUACUCUGUGGCAUAUACUGAUGUUGUACAACUCUUCUGCAUUUUUAUUGGACUGUGGAUCAGUGUCCCCUUUGCCCUGUCACAUCCUGCAGUCACAGACAUUGGAUUCACUGCUGUACAUGCCAAAUACCAGAGUCCCUGGCUGGGAACCAUUGAACCAAUUGAAAUCUACACCUGGCUUGAUAAUUUUCUGCUGUUGAUGCUGGGUGGAAUUCCAUGGCAAGCCUACUUCCAGAGGGUUCUCUCUUCAUCCUCAGCCACCUAUGCUCAGGUGCUGUCCUUCCUCGCAGCUUUUGGGUGCCUGGUGAUGGCUCUGCCGUCCAUAUGCAUUGGAGCCAUUGGAGCCUCCACAGACUGGAACCAGACUGCCUAUGGGUUUCCAGAUCCCAAGACCAAGGAGGAAGGAGACAUGAUUCUCCCAAUUGUUCUGCAGUACCUCUGCCCUGGGUACAUUUCUUUCUUUGGUCUCGGGGCUGUUUCUGCUGCUGUUAUGUCCUCAGCCGACUCUUCCAUCCUGUCAGCGAGUUCCAUGUUUGCUCGGAAUAUCUACCAGCUGUCCUUCAGACAAAAUGCAUCAGACAAAGAAAUUGUGUGGAUCAUGAGGAUCACCGUGUUUGUGUUUGGAGCAUCUGCAACAGCCAUGGCCUUGCUGACCAAGACUGUGUAUGGGCUCUGGUACCUGAGUUCUGACCUGGUGUACAUCAUCAUCUUCCCACAGCUGCUCUGUGUACUCUUCAUCAAAGGAACCAACACUUAUGGGGCUGUUGCAGGUUACAUCUUUGGACUUUUCCUGAGAAUUACUGGAGGGGAGCCAUAUCUAUAUUUGCAGCCCCUAAUCUUAUACCCUGGUUAUUACACUGACAAGAAUGGCAUAUACAAUCAGAGAUUCCCCUUUAAAACUCUCUCCAUGGUUACCUCUUUCUUGACCAACAUCUGUGUUUCUUAUCUAGCCAAAUAUCUAUUUGAAAGUGGAACCUUGCCUCCAAAACUAGAUGUCUUCGAUGCCGUCGUUUCGAGGCACAGUGAAGAGAACAUGGACAAGACUAUUCUAGUCAGAAAUGAAAACAUCAAGUUAAAUGAACUUGCACCUGUGAAACCUCGACAGAGCCUAACUCUCAGCUCAACUUUCACCAAUAAAGAGGCUCUCCUUGAUGUUGAUUCCAGUCCAGAGGGAUCUGGGACUGAAGAUAACUUACAAUGACCCCAUCUAAACUAUAUAGAGCAGAGCACUGCUGUAGGGUAGGCCUGGAAAGAAGGUUCGGAGCAUAUCUAACACCUAUUAAAAUAUAAAUGUUUAAGGGGGAAAGCUUUGCAGGAAUAAAAUAAGUUAUAAUGGACGAGUUCAGGAAAAGUAUCAAUUGCACAGUGAAAAGGAAGUGAGUGUGAAAGCAACAGCUUUAUUUCUCAUCAUAGCACUUUUAAUUUUGAAUAGCUUUGUUAAGCAUAUAAAGAUUAAUAAUCCCCAGCCAAAGAAAGUGGCCAAAUAUUACUUUUGUCUGUUAUGGAAAGAGAAAGUGUAUAUUAAUGAGCCUAUCAAAAGGAGACUAGUGCACUGGGUGCCAGUUUAAUUACUGCAACAUGUAGGCUGUGCGUUUAUUCACUAUCAGUACUGUAAAUUAAGGAGUUAACCAGUUCACUUCUCUCCAUGUGUGGAUUAACCUGCUCUUCCAUGAUCUGAAUGUGGCAUUUGCUCAAUUUUCAAUGUGUGCUCUCUUACCCUUUCUUGUUCUUCCGUGUGCACACUAUCUUCAUCCAUUUUUCCAUGCUCCCCUCCCUCUCUCUGCCCCCUUCUCCAUUUUCCUCUCUCCUUCCCUCACUCCACUCUCCCCUUACUCUCCCUCUCUCCCAUCCCUUUCUCUCUUCAGAUUUUAUUUUGCGUGGUGCUGGAGCUCCGUGGCAGGGCCUUGCGCAUGCUAGGUAAGGGCUCACCUUCUGAACAACACCCCUAGCCCCACAAUCUGUUUUUUUUUCCCAGUGAUGCCAUAUAUUAUUCUAAGCACAAGCAACAGAAACAAAAAUUUACUUAAUAGUGAGAUUUUUAGGUGUCAAUGAUGGAAAAUAGAGUUCAUGUUGGGAUGGGAAAACAAAAGCACUUAGCUCUUUGGGGAUGUCCACAAUUGCCAUAUGCUCAAGGAAAGGUGUCCAAGGCAAAGCAUGGAAGGUUAUUGGGAAGUAUUACAGCAAUAAGUCAAGAAGAAAAUUAAGAAAAGGGGAAGAGGAAAAACAGAUUUCUAUCUCCAACUCUAGUAUAUUAAGUGUUGUCAAACCUUACAAAUAUAAUAUCUUGGCUUAUUUUCUAUGUCAGAAUUGGAAGCCAAGUUGAGCCAUCUGUAAAGAAAGAUCAUUGUCUAACACCUGUUGCAGGUGGUAAUUGCUGCAACAGCAUGCAUUCACUGCAUAUUUAUUACCAGCACUUCCCAAACAACUCACCAAGAGACUGGACAACAAGCCCCACUCAUUUUUGGACAUUCAUUAGUAGAAUAGUUUAUAGUGUUAAGGAUCUACUCUGGGUUCUUUUCCACAUAAGCCAUUUUUAGGGACUAGACAGUUCCCCCACAAGUGUAUAUAUUAAACUUCAAGAUGUAAUAGAAAACAAAAAGGAGACACAAGUCCUAAAGAGAAGAAGCCAUUGUUUUUAAUAUCUGGUGUGUACAUGUCUUUCAAGAAGUCCAUUAUUAAAUAUAAUUUUGCCCCUGUUGGUAGUAUUCUGCAUUAAGUACAAACCUUGUGCUCUGGGCCCUAGAAUUCUUGGUUGCAAUUGGAACUUUCUCAAAGCAUCAACAGGUGUACCUCCUUUAUCUAAUGUGGAUUAAAAUCCCAGUGCAAUUUUCAAAAUGUAAAGUUAGAUGAUUUUACAUAUUGUAAUGUUCUAUUGUUCAGUGUUGUAUCGAUACUUGAACCACUAUAUCUAAUCAUGUACAUACCUGAGGAACAGAGAAUUCCUUCAUCCAUCAGUUUUUCUUAAAAUAAAUUCAGUAACUGCAGAGUACUUGCAAGUAAGGAGUCAGAGAUUCUCAAAUAUGGGGUGAGAGAAGAGUCAAGGAAAACACAGACAAAAAAAGAGAUGACUUGGCGUGAAAAUGUAUUAAUGACAGGGAUGCAAUUUCUGGCGAACACACUAUCUCAGACCCAUCAGGUCGCCCAACACAGAUGAAAGAGUGGAUUUUUUACACCUCAUCAUCGUGUGUCCUCCCCUCAGAUGGUUGAGGUGUGUGCUUCCGUUAUGCACUUCAUGAAGUCUCAUUCAUUCUGUAGAGGCCACAGCAAAUCAGGCUCCUGUCACAAGCAUUACAGUUUAUAAUGUUCUCAGUCAACAAUUGUCCAAAUAACCUAAUUUAAUUACUGUGAAAAAAUAAUAUUAGUGGUAAGUAGGAGAUAAACAUUUGCCUUACCCAAAAUAUUAAACCUAACUAAAGAGCUUAAACUAAUAAACAGGGCAUUUUGUUUUGUUUUUGAAGAUCUUAAAUACACUGUCAAAAGUUACCAAAAAUCACAUACCCAUAAAAUUUGCUAAAGAUAAGCAAGAUGAUAUUUAAAGUAUUAAAAUCCCAAAUGAAUGAGUGAAGAAUCCCAAGACAUUCAUCAUACACUCUGUCAUGAAUUCUCCCUGAUUUCCAAGCAAGGGAAAAAGCUUCAAGGUGCAGAAUGUCUGCUCUGUUUUGGCAUGAAGAUGUCUGUAAGUUAUUCCAGACUCAAGCAAUGGACCUCAUUUUCAAAUCCGGAAAUGAAAAUAACCCAGGUGUUUCACUCCCACUUAGAUAGGAGUUUCACUCCCAUACUUUACCAAUGAUUGUACCAUGUUCCUUAGGUAAAUUGUGUCCCCCUCCACAUGUUCAGAGUGAUAUGUCCACAAGCUGUCAAAUGCUCAGUGCCAAAUCCAAUUUCAUUGCUAAACUUAAGUAAUGAAUUUUCUGUGAAUAUCAUAUGAAUGUAAGCUUGACAUGAGUGAAUUUAAUAUAAUGUGUAUAGAAAUUUUUAUUUGUAAAUAAUGAAUUAGCAUUAUAUUUUAAACAUAAAUCAUCAUUUUCCUUUUUAAUCCUUCUACAAAAUUUAAUCUAGUAUCAUAUGUAAUUCAUUAUUAGUUCGCCAUAAUGUAUGUUUGCUACUGCAUAGACAAAUACAUAUAAUGGUUCAAAAACCUAUAUUUUUAUCUGUUAAAAUAUUAUAUAAAGUUGUACUCAAAAUAAGUAGAUUUACAAGUAUAUAUGUAUGUAUUUAAAUGUAAUGAUAUUGUAUUAAAUUAUACCAUUGCAAUUAAGGAUAUCAUGUCUAGAUUUGAUGUUGGGUGGAACUUUCUUUAGAUAUGAAUGGUGCUUGAAGACAAUUACACAAUGGAAGUGAAAUAAACAAUACAUAGAAAGAUACUUAAAUGUCAA